UUUCACCCCCCUACUUACCCCGCAAAAUGGUGGCAAGAUGGCAAGUGCCAUAGUGCGUUGUUUGCAGACUUCGAGGAGACAAUUAGGUCUCCUCGGAUCUAGUUUGAGUAGCCAGCAGCAGAGAAGGUUCGCCGAUGCAGCCCCGGAAGGAAAGAAACAGGGAGCACCCCUGUCCGAUCAGGAUCGCAUCUUUACAAACCUAUACGGCAGGCAUGACUGGCGGCUGAAGGGUGCCAUGAGUCGUGGCGACUGGUACAAGACCAAGGAAAUACUGGACAAAGGUGCCGAUUGGAUCAUCAACGAGAUCAAGACUUCUGGCCUGAGAGGCCGCGGUGGGGCCGGCUUCCCUUCUGGGAUGAAAUGGUCCUUCAUGAACAAGCCAUCGGACGGUAGACCCAAGUAUCUGGUGAUCAACGGCGACGAGGGCGAGCCGGGAACGUGUAAGGAUCGCGAGAUCCUGCGUCACGAUCCACACAAGCUCGUGGAGGGUUGUCUGAUCGCCGGACGUUCUAUGGGUGCUUGUGCCGCUUACAUUUACAUACGCGGUGAAUUUUACAACGAGGCGUCCAACAUGCAAGUCGCCAUAGCCGAGGCUUAUCAGGCUGGUCUGAUCGGGAAGAACGCUUGCGGCUCCGGGUACGAUUUCGACAUCUUUGUGGUGCGAGGAGCGGGCGCAUACAUUUGCGGCGAGGAGACCGCACUUAUCGAGUCCAUCGAAGGAAAACAGGGUAAACCCAGGCUGAAACCACCUUUCCCGGCUGAUGUCGGUGUAUUUGGAUGCCCCACGACUGUCACCAACGUCGAAACUGUAGCAGUGGCGCCGACAAUUUGUCGCCGAGGUGGAGCGUGGUUCGCUUCAUUUGGACGUGUACGCAAUCACGGAACUAAGCUCUUCAACAUCUCUGGACACGUGAACAAUCCCUGUACCGUCGAGGAGGAAAUGUCAAUCCCCUUGAGAGAGUUGAUUGACAAGCAUGCAGGAGGCGUAAUCGGGGGAUGGGAUAAUUUACUAGGUGUCAUUCCUGGAGGCUCUUCAACUCCAGUCAUUCCUAAAAGUGCAUGCGACGAGGUGUUGCUGGACUUUGACGAUCUCAUCAGGGUGAAGAGCUCGUUUGGCACGGCCGCAGUAAUCGUGAUGAAUAAGCAGACGGACAUAAUCAAAGCUAUUACCCGUUUGUUAAGUUUCUAUAAACACGAAUCGUGCGGUCAAUGCACACCUUGCCGCGAAGGUAUCAGUUGGAUGUUCAAAAUACUGCAGAGGUUUGUGGAUGGAAACGCCGAGGUGCACGAGAUAGACAUGCUUUCGGAACUUACGAAACAAAUAGAACUGCAUACGAUCUGCGCCCUGGCGGACGGCGCCGCAUGGCCCGUUCAAGGUUUAAUCAGGCACUUUAGGCCAGAGAUCGAGGCACGCAUAAAAGAACGGAAGCAGGCCGCGUCCUGUUGAAGAAUAGAGCAAGAUAGGAACCGGAGAUUAGAAAAAUAUAUUUAAGCUUAAUCCCGGUAAGAGAUUUCAUAUAUUUAUUUUCAGUGUAUAUAAACGAAUUUACAACGCGAUAGUCACGAUUCCCGUGUAAUGUCUUUCGAACCCGAGCUGAUCGUCCACUUCGAUGGUUCGAUUAAUAAAAGAAAUAUAAGAGAAAAAAAACUUAUAUAUUUAUAUACUUA